AUGCUGAGUAGCUCGGACCAAACAACCUCGUCGCGUUCGUCUGAGGACGACGACGCACCUCCUUUAGGUCGUUCACUGUACGUUAACACAAGCCAUAACAUCCCCGAGUCGCUAUUUACAAACGCCAAAGAGUUCAAGAAAGUUGCUUUGAUAGGCAGAGGCAACAUGGGCAGAGUGUAUUUGGUGCAAUCCAAGAAGACCAAAGAGCUCUACUCAAUGAAAGUGAUGGACAAGAAGCUCUUGAACGAAAAUCGGAAACGACAAGAACGACUCGAAGAAGAAAAAGAGAUACUCCAGAAGUUAAAGCACCCAUUCAUAGUGAAGUUGGAAUGCACAUUUGAGUCACCAAGCCACCACUUACUUAUCAUGACCUACUGUGCUGGCGGCGACUUUUGGAGAUUACUAAGAAGACA